AUGCUACGUCAUUCGACGCCGUGCUACGCUUCAGAGGCCAGUGAGGUCCGAGUGAGUCCAUCCACCAAGAUGAUGAUAAUGAGUACGAGCGUGGGGCCCCACAGGUCGUGCAGGUCGCUGUUGCUGGGGUUGGUAGUGCUGGUGCAACUCUCUGCCACACACAGGAUAAUGAUGAACCAGAGAACUCAGUCUCACAGGAGAAUCACCAUGCAAACACCCGCCAUCAUCAGAGAAACUCAAAAGCACCAGGAUGUGGCGAGCAAGAAGAUGCAGGUGAUGCUGGGAAUGUGUCAGGAGGACCGAGAAAUAGAGCUCAAGAAUAUUCCUAAAACGUUUCCCCUGGCCAACACCAUCCCCAAUCCCACUCCUGAAGAGAUAGCCGAAAAUACCAUCACGGACAUGGUGGACGUGAUGACAAAAGUGAAAGAGAAGGAAGGUAAUCGGGACCCGGUCAUGAAUAACUUGAUGGAGAAGAUGAAGGAGAUGACCGCCACAAUGGAGGUGAACACUGGGAUAGGUACCCAUCGACCCGGUGAGACGGCCCAGGAUUUCGAGGAACGCAUCAAAGAGCUUCUUUCUAUCAGUGGCAUCGAGGCUCUCCUUCCAUUAGAUUGUGGCCGGAAUCCUCGUAGCCCUAUGGACCCACUAGACGCAGAGCUGUUGCCCUGGGUGGCGGCACUGGGGUCUAGUGAGGAUGGCAGGUUCCACUACCGCUGUACAGGUGCACUGAUCACUAACCAACACAUCCUCACUGAUGCUGACUGUGCAGCUUCCGCUAACAUCAACAUUGUACAACUUAAUGUGACCAAGGCCUUACCUGAGCCCUUUGCAGUGGAGAAUUAUGUGGUGGGUCGUAGGAUUCACCCGUCCAUCAGGGGUCCAACUGACUUCCUCAACGGCAGCAACAUAGGCCUUUUGGAACUGGCAAUGCCAGUGUUUUUUAAUGACUACAUACAGCCAAUCUGUCUGCCAGGGGUGUUUGACACCCCAGACCCACUGGCUCUUGGGGAGGGCACCAUUGUUGGUUUCAACAGCAUCAUUGAUACUCCUCAAGGGCGUCUUGCCAGCUUGAAUAUAUUGAGGAACUCUCGUGUGCUGGGCUCGUCUAUUUGUUUCACUGCCAUCAGGCUCGUCAAUGAGAGAUUUCCAGAUCAGGAGUCGACCCUCUACACUCUCCUCACUGAAGACCAUAUCUGUGCUGACCGGAUCUUUGAAUCAGUAGGAAAGUCUAUUCUUCUUCAGGAAGACUCGACAACCAAUAGGGUGAAAUUGGUGGGUGUGGGAGGGAUUGCUAAUGCCUUGAGGAGUAACCCCAUUGCCUACACACUCGUCCAAAAACAUCGCUUCUGGGUGGAACUUGUCCUUAAAAAGUUUAUGGAUAAUACAAGUGAACGGAGAACUUAAGGUUUAGGAGAAGACAAUGAAAAUUAAUCCACAAAAGCAAAAACUAGUAAUAAAGAAGAAAAUAGUUACAUUAUACAGUAGUACUGAUAAAGAUUAAUAACAAGUGGUCACACAAGACUGUAUUUUAGCAGCAUUAAGCAAGACUUGGUGAUUUGAUGUCAAUAACAAUUCUGUGUAAAAUAUUUAAUAUAUUAUAUAACAUUGCCUCAUUCCAUAACUGAGCCCUUGAUAAAUGAUGAAGAUUUUCUAAAGUCUCAGCACUGGCCCUGAUACAAUUCUACCCAAAAAUUUACCAUUACUGUAGUUAUCUUUCAUGUGGUUUUCUUUCAUUUUUUUUUAGCAAGUGAUAACAUUACAAUGGUAUUCCUGUGCAUUGUAAAUACUGUAAUGGACAUUUCAUAAGAAAAACUAUUAUAAAUUUUUCUAAAUACAGUUGAUAAGGUCUUAUCACUAUUACUUGUACGUAGUUUAUUUCUUGAUUUAUAUACUGUACUGUACUGCAUUCUUUUCAUUAGUGAAUACUUUAUCUCCAUACAUUUGUAAAUACCUGUUGUAUUUAUGCACUUAUAUCUCCAUUUUUUUUUCAAUGUGCUAUUAGAGUAAAUGAAUUACAAAAACAAUAAGGUCCCAGUCACCAGCACCUCACUCAGGGUCUUUUUAACUCAUUCACUACUGGAUGCCAGAAAUUUUAUUCAUCCCAGAGUGACCCCUUGUACCCAAGGGAUUAAGGAGCACCUGAGCGCAUGGGCAUUUAAAAUGAGGUCAAGUGGUGAUCCAACUUCCAACUUCUCUAUCAUGGAGGCUUCACUGUAAACCUCAACUAUGACCAUGUGAGGAGAUAAUAAAUUAUUAUUUAAAAACCUA